GUGACUCGAUGCGGCAGGCUUCUGGAGAAUUUGCAGAAGACCCCUGCUCAUCUGUGAAGAGGGGCAAUAUGGUUCGUGCUGCCAGAGCCCUCCUGUCUGCAGUCACACAUCUCUUGGUGCUGGCAGACAUGUCUGAUGUCUACAAACUUCUACUGCAACUUAAACUGGUGGAGGACAAUCUGGUGAAAGUGCGCAAUGCAGGAACAGAGCAGGACCUUGGAAUCCAGUAUAAGGCCUUGAAACCAGAAGUGGACAAGCUGAAUCUUAUGGCUGCCAAGAGACAGCAGGAGCUAAAAGACGUUCACCACAAGGACCAAAUGGCUGCUGCUCGCGGGGUGCUACAGAGGAACAUCCCCAUGCUGUACACAGCGUCCCGUGCCUGCCUGCAGCACCCUGACGUGGCGGCCUACAAGGCCAACCGUGACCUGAUCUACAAACAGCUGCAGCAUGCAGUGUCCGGCAUCUCCAACGCCGCCCAGGCCACUGCUACUGAAGACUCAGCACUCAGUCACCCAGCAGGGGGUGGAGAGCUCGCCUACGCCCUCAACAAUUUUGAUAAACAAAUCAUCGUGGACCCCCUGGCGUUUAGUGAGGAACGCUUCCGUCCUUCCCUGGAGGAGCGCCUUGAGAGCAUUAUCAGUGGUGCUGCCCUCAUGGCCGACUCUUCUUGCACACGUGAUGACCGCAGGGAGCGCAUUGUGGCCGAAUGCAAUUCUGUGCGCCAGGCUCUUCAGGACCUUCUGUCUGAGUAUAUGGGCAAUGCGGGAAGGAAGGACAGGAGUGAUGCUCUGAACACAGCCAUCGAUAGGAUGACAAAGAAGACCAGAGACCUUCGCAGACAGCUGCGUAAAGCUGUAAUGGACCAUGUUUCUGACUCUUUCCUGGAGACCAAUGUUCCCCUCCUGGUCCUGAUUGAAGCUGCCAAGAACGGCAACGAGAAAGAAGUAAAGGAGUAUGCCCAGGUGUUCCGUGAGCACGCCAACAAGCUGAUCGAGGUGGCCAAUCUGGCGUGCUCAAUCUCCAAUAAUGAAGAGGGAGUGAAGCUGGUCCGCAUGGCAGCAUCUCAACUGGAAAGUCUUUGCCCCCAGGUGAUUAAUGCAGCGUUAGCCCUUGCUGCCAAGCCCAACAGUAAGGUGGCCCAGGACAAUAUGGAUUUGUUCAAGGAUCAGUGGGAGAAGCAGGUCCGUGUCCUCACUGAUGCUGUUGAUGACAUAACAUCCAUUGACGACUUCCUUUGUGUGUCUGAGAACCACAUCCUGGAGGAUGUGAAUAAGUGUGUCAUUGCUCUCCAGGAGAAAGAUGUUGAUGGUUUGGAUCGCACUGCUGGUGCUAUUCGAGGCCGUGCUGCCAGAGUCGUCCACGUGGUCACUUCUGAAAUGGACAAUUACGAACCUGGAGUCUACACAGAGAAGGUCUUGGAGGCCACCAAGCUCCUCACUAACACAGUCAUGCCACGGUUCACAGAGCAAGUGGAGUCUGCGGUGGAGGCCUUGAGUGCAAACCCCUCCCAACCCGUGGAUGAGAAUGAGUUCAUUGACGCAUCUCGUCUGGUAUAUGAUGGCAUACGUGACAUUCGUAAGGCUGUCCUCAUGAUCAGAACUCCAGAAGAGCUGGACGACUCUGACUUUGAGACUGAAGACUUUGAUGUUCGCAGCAGGACCAGCGUGCAGACAGAGGAUGACCAGCUUAUUGCCGGCCAGAGUGCACGGGCUAUAAUGGCCCAGUUGCCCCAGGAGCAGAAGGCAAAGAUUGCUGAACAGGUGGCUAGCUUCCAGGAAGAGAAGAGCAAGCUGGAUGCUGAGGUGUCCAAGUGGGAUGACAGUGGCAAUGACAUCAUUGUGUUGGCUAAGCAGAUGUGCAUGAUCAUGAUGGAGAUGACAGACUUCACCAGGGGGAAAGGGCCACUGAAGAAUACGUCUGAUGUUAUCAGCGCUGCAAAGAAAAUUGCAGAGGCAGGAUCAAGAAUGGACAAGCUGGGCCGCACCAUUGCCGACAAUUGUCCCGACUCUACCUGUAAGCAGGACUUGCUCGCCUACCUACAGCGUAUUGCCUUGUAUUGCCACCAGCUCAACAUCUGCAGCAAAGUCAAGGCUGAGGUGCAGAACCUUGGAGGAGAGCUUGUUGUCUCUGGGUUGGACAGCGCCAUGUCCCUCAUUCAGGCCGCCAAGAACCUGAUGAACACAGUGGUAUCCACUGUCAAGGCCUCCUACGUUGCAUCCACAAAGUACCAGAAGAGCAAAGGCAUGGAGGCGCUCAACAUGCCAGCUAUCUCCUGGAGGAUGAAAGCUCCCGAGAAGAAGCCUCUGGUGAAGAGAGAGAAGCAGGAUGACGGCCAAACCAACAGAGUUAAGAGGUCGUCUCAAAAGAAGCAUAUCAACCCCGUGCAGGCUCUGAGCGAGUUUAAAGCCAUGGAUAGCAUCUAGACUCCCCUGUUCUUGAUUCCAGAGAAGACAAAAUAUUGACCAAUGAGUUUAUAUAUAGAUAGAGCUCGUCAUUCUAUCAGGGGAAAAAAAAGGUUUUAUAACAUAUGUCCCACCUUGCGUUGAUGGCUUGCCUGUUUGACCCAUUAUAUUCCUACACUGCCUAAUUUCUAUUCCAUGGAUUCAGAUUUGCUCUAGUCUAUAGCAUUAACUGUCUCUUUUCUGGAAAAUGCAGUUAGAGGGAAAUCAACUGGACAAAGGUUGUUGUUUUUUAAUUAGAUUCCAUUUUUUCCUUUCAAGUUUAUGUAAGGAAGAGAAGUGGAUUUCAUAGAUAUAAGAACCCAUGAUAAGAGGCUUGUGAUUAUGUUGUAUCUUAACCAGUUUUAUAGUAAUACUCUGGGGUCUCUGGUGUUUUCCACUAUACUGUUUGAUUAUGGCAAAAUACCUUCUGUACUGCAAAUAUCAACUAUGCAAAAUCUCAACUGCCUUGUUGUAACUUAAGCAAUAACUGUAGCUCAUUUGGAUGUGCUGGGCUAACUGGUAAGAUUUAAAAUAUGUUUUGGUUCCGCCUUAAGGAGCCAAAGUCUAUAUAUUUCCAUGUCUGCCUGCAUUUUUAUAACUUUAUACAUACUUUGUUAUGCCACUAUAAACAGUUCAAACUGAUCUUUAACACUGUUCUCAGUGCUGGAUGACUAUUUGUUCCCCCUUGUCUUUUUGUUUUUUAUAAUUUAAACAUCUCAAGUUUUAUUUUUGUGUUUUCUUUUUCAUAUUCACAUGAUGCAGCAAACCAAAGGUGACAUAUUCCUCCCAGCCUUGUGUUUUGCUGCAUUACUGGUACAAGUGCUUGAUCCUACACUUAAGGCACACAGAUCCACCCAGUUGAGUCAGACUUUGUAAAUAAGCCCCAACUCCUCAGAGUCUGGCAGAACCCAGUGGGCUAAACAAUGAACGGACCCCGUCGGUACUCUCCAAAGCCGACAAGCUUCAUUAACUGUCAAUGAGACCAAACACCUCCGCAAUUUGAGAAUGUGUCCAAAUCGAGGGAUCAAUAUGUUUUCUCUCCGCAGCUUAGAGGUAGGCGAGGAAAGGAGGGGAUUUCUCUGACUUUAAACUCUUGCUUAUUGUUUGUAUUUGUUAUCCUUAAGCCUGAACACUAAUCAAGAUUUUAUGUCAUGCACAGUCUUUAGAAAAACUAGAAACAAGUUGGCAGGUGGCAGGCUUUAAAAUUAAACUUUUUUUUUUAACUUCAGGUAACAACUGUGGGUUGUAGUUGCUCUGUGCAGCUUGUUUUCCAGUUGUACACAGUACUCUGCUACAUAGCGGUGCACUGAUGUACGGCGAGGCUUUGAAAUCCUGCUGCUUUGGUCUUGGGGCUGAAGCUUUGUUUUGCUCUUUUGACGUCUGUGAACUAUAGCAGGAUAGUUAUUUGACAGGUUGUUUUGUUUUUUUUUACUGUAGAACCAAGCAGUUCGAGAGUGUUUUUCCUCACAGUUUGUCUUUUGCUGUGUUUGAGUUUGAAUUUGAAUCUUGAGUGAUAUCAAAACUACUUUGCUGUGUUUUUUUUUUUUUUUUUUGUUAUUGAGAGCUGACUUAUUAGUGCACACGUUUCUUAUAUUCAUGUGCCUGCUUUAUAUCUUAAUAAAUAAUUCAAAUGAAA